UACUGUGUAGUUUAGAACGACGUCAACGUUGAGUCGCUGAUGCAGAUGUCAACAAUUUGCACGAUAGCUGAUUUGAUAUUCAUAGCGAAAUUACUCACAAUUUAGACACAUACCUAGCUAUCUAGGUAGUGCAUCACAUAUUCCGUUUUCCGAUCUAUGGAGUUUUUGCAGUUUCUAUCAUGGGCGUGCAUCGUAUUUACAGUCGGGAUGUUCUCGACUGGACUGACGGACCUGAAGAAGAUGAGAGCUUCCAAAAGUGCAGAUAACGUCCAGUUCCUCCCCUUCCUCACCACAUGCCUCAAUAACCUGGGCUGGCUGUAUUAUGGGAUACUGAAGACGGAUGGGACUCUGGUCCUGGUUAACACCAUAGGAGCCUGUCUACAGUCCCUCUACAUCCUCUCCUACUGCCACUACACUAAUGACAAGAGGCGAGUGACCUCUCAGACGUUACUAGCAGGAGGAGUGGUCUGUGGAGGCUGGCUGUACUUCAGUGUUCUCCUGCCUCAGGGAGAGUCUCAGCUGGCCCAGCUAGGUCUCACCUGCAGCCUGUUCACUAUCAGCAUGUACCUGAGUCCACUCGCUGACCUGAUGGAGAUAGUGCGUACUGGUAGUGUGGAGCGUUUGUCCUUCUCUUUGACUGUAGCUACCUUCCUCACCUCAACAUCCUGGACGCUCUAUGGACUACAGCUGCAAGACUACUAUAUCAUGGUUCCAAACACGCCAGGCAUUGUGACCAGUCUCAUCCGGUUUUUCCUGUUCUGGAGAUUUGCAUCUGUCAAUCAAGGCGUGCAAUCCUAUAAGCUCAUCGAAAUCUAAGUGGCUGGAGACUCGCACACCAAUGGUUACAAGGGAGAGAGAUAACAGGCUUCUUGACCCUAUCAUGGUCAGGCUGUCAAUCACUGAUAUUGUUACUCAUAUUGUAAAUGAUUCAUGAUCACUCCUAACCACCAAGGGUUUAAGAAGACUUUCUCCUCUCAAGGCAGAAGCUGUCCCUAAUCACAGAUCUAGGAUCAGAGUACCCUAGCAAUGGGGGAUGAAUAAAUAUCUGACCCUGUAUCAGUGGUUAGGGGCAUCUUCCUCAUCUUUCUCCCUCCACCACUUCCUUUUAGUGCCUUCUGUCCUAGUCUGGGACAUCAUUAGUGCCACCUGAGAACUCAACCAUGUGCGGGACAGUCCUGCCCUGUCAAUCACAGUAGUCUCUUUUACCCAGUGGGAGGUUUUUUGCUCAGCAUCAAUGUGCUGCUAUUGGUUGAAUCGCUCUAACUAACAGGGCAGGAUGAUCCCACCUCUAGUGGGGUUUGAGACCCCCUCACCUUUAUAGUUGACUUGUCUGUCCUCAUCACUAUGGUACCCUGUGAACUAGGGGUGAACAACUGUUCCUGGUAGCCACAGUAUCUGCUGGGUUGUUAUCCUUCUCUUUUAACUAGACUGAUGUACAGUGCAUUUGGAAAGUUUUCAGACCCCUUGAGUUUUUCCACAUUUUGUUAUGUUACAGCCUUACACUAAAAUGUAUUAAAUUGUUUCUUUUCCUCAUCAAUCUACACACAAUACCCCAGAAUGACAAAGCAAAGAGAGGUUUAUUUUUUAAUUUUUUUGUACAUUUAUAAAAUUAAAAUAAAUGGAAAUAUCACAUUUCAGGUAUUCAGACCCUUUACUCAGUACUUUGUUGAAGCACCUUUGGCAGCGAUUACAGCCUCGAGUCUUCUUGGGUAGGACGCUACAAGCUUGUCACACCUGUAUUUGGGGAGUUUCUCCCAUUCUUCUCUGCAGAUCUUCUCAAACUCUGUCAGGUUGGAUGGGAACGUUGCCGCACAGCUUUUUUUAAGGUCUCUCCGGAGAUGUUAGAUCGUGUUCAAGUCCAGAGACUUCUCCCGAAGCCACUCCUGCAUUGUCUUGGCUGUGUGCUUAGGGUCAUUAUCCUGUUGGAAGGUGAACCUUUGCCUCAGACUGAGAACCUGCACCAGAGCGCUCAGGACUUCAUCAAGGAUCUCUCUGUACUUUGCUCAGUUCAUCUUACCCUCAAUCCUGACUAGUCUCCCAGUCCCUGCCGCUGAAAAACAUCCCCACAGCAUGAUGCUGCCACCACCAUGCUUCACCGUAGGGAUGGUGUCAGGUUUCAUCCAGACAUGAUGCUUGGCAUUCAGGCCAAAGAGUUCAGUCUUGGUUUUAUCAGAACAGAGAAUCUUGUUUCUCAUGAUCUGAUAGUCCUUUGGGUGCCUUUUGGCAAACUCCAAGCGGGCUGUCAUGUACCUUUUACUGAGGAGUGGCUUCCGUCUAGCUACUCUACCAUAAAGGCCUGAUAGGUGGAGUUCUGAAAAAAGGUUGUUCUUCUGGAAGGUUCUCCCAUCUUCACAGAGGAACUCUGUCAGUGUUCUUGGUCACCUCCCUGACCAAGGCCCUUCUCUCCAGAUUGCUCAGUUUGGCCGGGUGGCCAGCUCUAGGAAGAGUCUUGGUGGUUCCAAACUUCUUCCAUUUAAGAAUGAUGGAGGUCACUGUGUUAUUGGGGACCUUCAACACUACAGAAAUGUUUUGGUACCCUUCCCCAUAUCUUUUCCUCGACACAAUCCUGUCUCGGAGCUCUACGGACAAUUCCUUCGACCUCAUGGCUUGGUUUUUGCUCUGACAUGCACUGUCAACUGUGGGACCUUAUAUAGACAGGUGUGUGCCUUUCCAAAUCAUGUCCAAUCAAUUGAAUUUACCGUAGGUGGACUUCAGUCAAGUUGUAGAAACAUCUCAGGAUGAUCAUUGGAAACAGGAUGCACCUGAGCUCAAUUUCGAGUCUCAUCGCAAAGGGUCUGAAUACUUAUGUAUAUAAGGUAUUUCUGUUUUUUUAUAGAUUUGCAAAAAUUUAUAUAAACCUGUUUUCACUCUGACAUCAUGGGAUAUUGUGUAAGCUUGAUGAGGAUUAUUAUUUAAUUAAUCCAUUUUAGAAUAAGGCUGAUAAUACUUUCUGAAAGCCCUGAAUACCUGGAUAACCAGACGUCUAGGAUAACCAGACGUCUACGGUCUAGACUCGCUAGUUAAUCACUUAUAUGAAUGGGUCAGUUAAGUACCACGGAGAGAUGAAGCAGGACUGUGUGGUCCUAGUAGUACUAGUUGUAGCUGGGGUGUAGAGCCCUCAGUUGUACAUCCCUACUAGGGUUGCAAAACUCCAGACAUCCCGGUUGGCGGAUUCACAGAAUCUGAAGGGAAUAAGAAGGAAAUCUGGAGCCCUCCAACCAGGAUUUCUGGAGAACCAGGGAAUGUAUUGAAAGUUUCUGUAAUUUUGCAGCCCUUACCCUAACCCUAUUCUAACCCUUACCCUACUCUAACCCUAACCCUUACCCAACCCUACUCUAACCCUAACCCUUACCCUACUCUAACCCUAACCCUAACCCUUACCCUAACCCUAACCCUAUUCUAACCCUAACUCUAACCCUUACCCUACUCUAACCCUAACCCUAACCCUUACCCUACUCUAAGCAGACCUGACAUGUACUCUACAUAAUCGGUACUUGGUCUCUAAAUCCAUGAACUGAGGGAAGACUAAGAAUUCCAUUCUUAUUGUGUUUCAUACAAUGUUUUUAUUGGUUGUAUUUGGGUCGUAUGUCUUUGUGUGCAAAAUGUUUUUGUUGUUUUUAUUGGUUUACGUUUGUCCAAACUAAAUAUACUGUAAGUAUAUUGUCUGUGCUCUUUUUGUUGUUGUUGAUGCAUUGCAUUGUGUAUAGGGAAUUCUACAUAUGCUAUUUUAAUGUGAUAUUAUCACUCUGGAAAUAAGGGAGUUGGGGCUUUGCUGGUUCUUCAGACUGAUUGAAUAAAUGUUUUAUACUGUCUAA